AGAAAAUAAAAAAGCAUUUUCCGAUAAAGUUUUUCCCGAGAAAAAGAAAAGAAAUGUUUGUAAUCUCUCUUCUCAAUAUGCUCUCCUUUUGAGUUAUAGCAUUUUGUUUUGGAUAUCUCCUGGCGAAGCCAACAUUCCGAGGAACCAAACAGUAGCGGCAACAUCAUGUGGGUAGAGAUCAUAUGUGGCCUGAUCGCUUACAGACUGUUCAGGUGCUUCUUUUACAGCGACGACGUUUUAGAGGUGGAAACCUCUGAUGCUAAUGCUCUCUUCUCAGUGGCAAAUAGGCUUGAAAAGCUUUUUGGCGGAAAGGUGUAUGUGGGACUUCGAAUUCCAGACGCCGACACCGGUACACGACAGAAUAUCGACAUAGUUCUUGUUACCAAAGUGGAGGCGGUGGUGAUAUCUGUUAAGAAUUUAUCGGGUUUUCUAUCAGUGAGUGCGGAUGGCAGCUGGGUUUGUGAAGGUGGCAGCAAACACAAAACAGAGCGUCUUCCUGAUCCUGUGGUAGAGACUAAAAAACAAGCUUCAAUUCUUGAAUCAUAUCUUGAACAGAGAGGAGUUGCACUUACAGAAGGAUACUUUUCUUGCAAAGUUGUACUGCCUAAUCCAAAGCUCCGUACCAUCCAUUCAAGCUAUUUUUCAUCUGAAGUCAUUACCUAUGACCAAUUGGCACAACUGAAACCAGAACCAAAAAGUAUGAUUUCUGGUUGGAUUAAAGGUGCCUUUCGUGGUGGAAAGAAAGAGAUGCAAGAGUCUAUCCAUCAAAAGCUUGAUUUUGUCCUUACCACAGCUCCGAUAUGGGAUAGGUUGGAGCUUAAAGGCAAUAAAUAUGUCCUAGGGGAAUUUCUGGACUUCAAAGGGAAGCAAGAUGACAUCAAUGCUUUGAAAAAUAUCAGAAGAUCAAAAGUUAGUCGCAUGAUCAUCCAAAAGAUGAGCAUGUUUGGAUUUGGCCCCUCGACACUUCAAGUUUUGUACUCCCCUCGGGAUUAUCGGAGUGAAGGGGCUUCAGCUUCUGAGUGGAAGGAAGUGACUGUAAGAUCGAGUACCGAGGUUCUCCUUAAGCCACAAGAUUCAAGUAAAGUCAGCAAAUUCAAGCUUUCUUCAGUUGUCUCCCUGUCACUGAGCGCCUAAACAAGCCUCUGCUGAACGCAAGUUUUCAUUACUGCAGAUUGGAAAAAAGGUGAGUUUGUUAUGAUACCCUUGAGUUCCUAUGUAUUUCUUGUUGUAGCAUUUCGAUUAUUGUUUAUGCUUUGUGGUUGUAUUGUCUAUAUUGUAGUGGAGAUUGAGUUAAAGAUGCAUUAGUUCACUCGGGAUAGAAGUUUUUUAAAAAAUGGGUUAGGAUACUGUACUUAUCAGAGUUAUUGUACCAAGAAAUGGAUUGUAAUUUAUACGAAAAUGUAGUUUUUUUUUUU